AUGUCUGGACUUGGUGACCCCGGCUUCGACAUCUUGGAGUGGCACCCAGCCUUCCAGUCGUGUCAGCGAUACUUUCUCGAUCAUGCGCAGUACGAAGCGGGCACAUUAGCUGUUUGUGCACUGGUCAACAUUCGACUCCCUCACCAAUGGCUAACAACACCUAUCACUGCAUCACAGCCGCCAGGCUCAUCACAUUCGCAGAGUGGAGUUGGCGGCAGCACAGCUUUCAACUUUACUGCCUACUCACGCGGCAGUGGCAUGAACUCGCCCAGAUCGAAUCGAAACUCACAAGCACCGACCUUCGUAUCGCCCGUGCCAUAUAUUCGACGACUAGUGGUGACCGGCUUCGACAAGCCUCCCAUCCUACACGGUUUCUUCGGCGAUGACUACGAGCGAGGUAUCAUGCCUCACGUCGAAUGCGAGCGGCGUAACUACCUCUUCGCAGCGAAGCAUGGCGGUUGGCGCAGCUGCAAGAAACAGUACGACGUCGGAAGUGGCCACGGCGGCGACGAAAGCGUGCCCUUCAUGAAGCCAUUGGGUGAGGCAAAGCAGCAAGAACUCACAGGGGCAGAGAAGGCAUGGAGUGACUGGCUGGCUAUGGAAGAUUGGAUGGUCGGGUAA